AUGACUGAACCACUUUUGGAACAACAAUCGAACACAAGAUCCGCACUCCACUGCAAAAAGGAGAUUUGCCUUGUGAUAAUCUCAGCAACCGUUGGUGCUAUCGCAUCCUUGUUAAUCUGCAAUAAUUCUCUCGAUUUAAAGUCAGUAGUAUUCCAGAAAACCAACAUACUCAAAGACCAGAUCUCAAGACCUAACGCUCCGAAAGAUCACAUAGCAGCGAAGGAAAUAGCAAUAUCCUAUCUAGGAUUUAAUGGCCGCCAGACUUUUUCGAAAGCUAUUUGCUCUGGGGAUGAAAAUGAUAUCAGCGCAUGGAAAGAUCGUCUUUGCGUAUUCUCGAGUAUUUGUUACAACAAAAUUACCAACAGAUUUGAUUAUUUUCGACUGAAUCAAAGUAAACCAAAACCAGUUUUUUAUGAUAAGAGUUAUCGUAUGUUGUUUCGAUUUGGUGUGACAAACGCGGAUAUACCAUUCUUAACGCUUACGGUGGGCGGAGAUACAGCAUGGACGCCACUCGUUGUUAAUGAGUCGUAUCCAACGGAAAAUUUCACAAGACUCCAUCAGUUACAUAGUCUAACGAAAACCCGCUUUGCUUCUUCUAAUAUAGGACAUGGCCUUUGGGAAGAUCUCGGAUCCAUCUCAUAUUCAUUGGAUCGAAUGAAUAUUAUUGAUCGCAACUUAGUUAUCAUGCAUAUGAAUCGAAUGGACAACACAAGUUUAUUUCGCAUGUAUCAUAAGUAUAUCAUACGUGCAUUAACCGAUCAUCCGAUGGUGCAAUUCGAGACUUAUAUGAGUUCAUUCAAUACGAAAUAUGUAUGUUUCGAUCGAUUAAUUGUCGGAGGAGAACUGAGUGUCUUUCCAAGAACACAGGUGAAGGAAUAUCAUGGACGUGAGAUAAUUUACUAUAACUGGAGAUCAAAAAUCAUCCAAAAUAAUGGAUUCAAUCCUAAUUUCGUUCCAAAAAAGCAUCACAUCAUCAUUACCAACAAAACGGAGUCGAUAUACAAACGUGUAGGUAUGAAACGACAUCGUGCAAUUGCGAAUUUAGAAGAAGUAGCAAAUUUUCUCCAAGACACUUAUCCAAAUAUAUCAUCCGAGGUUAUCGAAUGGCAAUACAUUUCUUUUGAUAAGCAAAUAGAAAUGUUGUUAAAUACAACUAUUUUAAUUACACCAGGUGGUGGUGUAUCAUUGACACUACCACUACUUCCACAUGGAGCGCAUGCCAUUAUAAUGGAUUACUUUGUGACUGAGCCGGGUCAUGGUUAUUUUUAUGGACAAAGUGGGUCAAUGGAGGGUGCCUUUUUUAAUCAUAUACCUCAUGUUCGAAAACAGUAUUAUCAGAUCUAUGGACCACAGGAAUAUGAAUUCGACUAUUCGGGAGCUACAGACGCUCGAGAAAUGGCAUCAAUCAUCAUAAAUACGAAACGAUUGCAACUACUCAUUGAUAAAGCCUUAGAAGAAAUGGAAUUUUAA